UCCUUUUGAAGUGAAUUCAAUACUAGUAUAUUCAAUAGCCUGGUAUUGUAUGUUCGUAUUGUUUUGAGCAGUGACAAUGGCAACAUAGCCUAGAGGUUGUGCAAUACCCUUCCGUCUAUAAGUACCUCCUCCAUUAUGUUUAGCUGCAUUCUCUCUCUAUGAACAGUCAGUAGAUACAUAGUACAGUACAGCAUUUGUACAGUUCCAGGAUGACUAGAACAUAGACCUAGAUACUGUAGCUACUUGGUGUGAUGGUCUUAAUUCAUCAGUUUAUCAUGGACGACUGGUUAAAUUGACGGCAAAUAUGAACUAACAUUUCUACUACAAAAUGAUCAACCCCAUACCAUAACGUCUCAAAGCUCUGCACAGACCAGAUAGAAUUACCCCAAGAACAUUGCACUGAUUAUCCCUAAUCCCUGAAAAAAUCACCCGAAAUGGCUGGUGCACCAAUAGUACAGAUACCCUCCAAUGAAGAUUGUAUUCACAUCACUAUGGAGACAGCACAAGUAAACUCUACCCCUCCCACCCUCAAGAAAGUGGGAAUGCCAAAUGGCAUCAUCAUGGAUACCCCAGAAACCUUUGAUAUAUUUUGUUCUGUUCCCGUCAAUGGAAUUGAUGGACCUACCAAAAACCCCAAGUUUCAGUUUGUAGCUCCCACUGCUGAAGAGUUUGAUCUCCUUCAGAGACAGAUGAAGGCCAGAUUAUCUGAGGGACAGGGAGAGACUAUCUUUGAGAUUGGCCUUGGAGGUGGCUGUUCGUCUGGUGGUCUCUCCCCCGACGAAUUAGAGGCCUCACUGGCCACCCUCCAGAGUCUGGCGGUCACUAUUGAUGCAGACACCUCAAUCCUCCGUAGGAAACCAGCCGAGGGUGGGAUGGUUGCUGAGUGCCUUGUGAGGAGGCGAGUGGAAGAGGACGACUUCCUGGAAGUCAGGGUGGCCGUAGUUGGGAAUGUGGAUGCCGGUAAGAGUACCCUCCUAGGAGUGCUCACACACGGGGACCUCGAUAAUGGGCGUGGUGUUGCUAGGCAACGGCUGUUCCGGCACAAGCAUGAGAUGGAGACAGGUCGAACAUCAAGUGUGAGCAAUGACAUCCUGGGGUUCGACAAGGAUGGCAGGGUCAUCAACAAGUCGGAUGGGCAUGGAGUGCUAGACUGGCUGAAUAUCUGUCGAGCAUCUUCAAAGGUCAUCACUUUCAUCGAUCUUGCUGGCCAUGAAAAGUACCUCAAGACCACCAUUUUUGGCAUGACUGGGCAUGCUCCAGACUUCUGUAUGCUCAUGGUGGGUGCCAAUGCUGGCGUCAUUGGAAUGACAAAAGAACAUCUUGGUCUGGCCCUUGCCCUCAGUGUCCCUGUGUUUGUGGUGGUGACAAAGAUUGACAUGUGCCCCCCAAACGUGCUCCAAGAGACAAUGAAGCUCCUGAUGAGGGUCCUUAAAUCUCCUGGCUGUCGGAAGAUCCCCGUCCUCGUCCAGUCCCAAGAUGAUGUCAUCACAUCCGCCACCAACUUCACCUCUGAGAGGAUCUGCCCUAUUUUCCAAGUGUCCAAUGUGACAGGUGAGAACCUGGACCUGCUCAGGUCCUUCCUCAACCUGCUCUCAGGGAGAAUGUCCGGGCAAGAGGACAAACCACCCGAGUUCCAGAUAGACGAGACCUACUCUGUGCCUGGAGUUGGCACUGUAGUGUCAGGAACGUGCAUGCAGGGGGUGAUCCGGUUCAAUGAUACUCUCCUACUGGGCCCCACCAGUCUGGGGGAGUUCGUACCAGUCACUAUACGAGGCAUUCAAAGGAAGAGGCUCCCUGUUCAGAUGGUGAAGGGUGGGCAAACCGCCUCCUUUGCACUCAAGAAGAUGAAAAGGAGCCAGGUGCGCAAGGGGAUGGUUAUGGUGGACCCUCAUGUGAACCCCAUGGCUUGCUGGGAAUUCAAGGGAGAAAUCCUAGUCCUCCAUCACCCCACCACCAUCUCGCCAAAGUACCAAGCAAUGGUCCACUCUGGGAGUACGAGGCAAACAGCCUCCAUUUUGAGCAUGGACCGAGAGCUCUUGCGUACGGGAGACAAAGCCACCUGCUUGUUUCGGUUCAUCAAGUAUCCGGAGUACCUACGUCCUGAUACGAGAAUGGUGUUCAGGGAGGGGAGGACCAAGGCUGUGGGAAGCAUCACCACCAUCAUACCUCACAUACCUGGUACCCCCAUUCCUGGUCUGCGUCAGAAGCCUCACAUUCACCACCACAGACACGCCCACUCUGUACAUGGGGGGCGGGGAAAAGGCCGAAGAGGGAAACGAAAAACAGGACUGCCUGGCAGUAUAGAUAGAAGCACAGCCUCUGUUGGUGUGUCUAACACAACACAAACAUGAUAGUUUUGUUUUUGACAAAUUUGCAGGAACUAUAUAAUUAUGGUAUAGCUGUAGUUCACUUCAAACUUUCAUUAGUUACCCUAUAUAAUUAUAUACCCCUCGUGCAUUUUUUGUGUUUUAUAUUUUAUAUACACGAUAAUGAAACAUUAUUUAACCCUUUAA